AUGAAGCAGUCCGCUGGCGGUACGGGUAACCGCCAUAGAGUGCAGAAAUGGCCAAUUUCGUCCCUGACCGGACGACAACACAAGAUGGUCAUACCAGCGGAGUCUCCAGACAAGGAAUUUGUCCUCCUUGUUGGAGCUUCACAUCUCCGUUCCAUCGUCGAUGGAAUUGUGAAGAUGCCAGAGGGAAGGUUUUCCUUUGGUGCCAUGUCCACACCGGGGGCAUGCGCAACCCAGCUGCGAACCGAGGCAGCCAAUGCUGUGCUGCCUAGGACACCAGAUGCAGUCUGUGUGAUGGCUCCGAGCAACAACCUGACAUCCAGUAGGACCAUCACCGAAGCAGGAGAGGACUUUGCGAAGCUCCUCGCCACUGCCUGCAGUCGCUGGCCUAACGUUUUUGCCAUGGACUUCCCCCCGCGCCUUACCGUUGACCCUGACUACCAAGACAUGAUGCGUCAGGAAUUUCGUCGUGUUGCGGCACGUAUGGGCGUGAAGUACACACCGCUUGCAGAGUACUUCCCUUUCAAAGAACUUGACCUGUGGAGCAGAGAUGGCGUACACUUGAGUGACAGUGUGGGAAUGCCAAUCCUGGUCGGUUCUAUCUGGAACGCAACAUACAUGCAACUUGUUCCAGCCGAGCCGAAGCCAUCUCCUGUUGUCCACAGAAGAUCACCGCCUGCGAGGAGAGUCACUCCAAGGAGGAGCCAACACGAUGAACCUGAGCAGUCCAUUGAUGCACUUAAAGAAGCAGGGACUGUUCAGCAGGAGGAAUUGGAGGAGAGUUAUCUUCCACUGACACCUGUGUGGUUUAGCAGUGCAAUGUUGGUUGAGAUGGACAAGAUUAGUCCAUCCCAUCUUCCUGGCCCUGAUGAGUGCACACCACCGGUUCCAACACCACAAAAGAAAGCAAAGUUGGAGCUGAAGCAGAGGGCUCCUGCCUCCAAGAAAACCCUGGCAAAGCGACAGGGGGAGGCAGCUCCCAUUGUUGUGGAGGUGAUUUUACGGCCACCUACCAGUAGAGGGACAGUUGCUGUGGAGCAGCAGGUCUGUGCUCUUUGUGUGAACGAUGUGCUUUCAGAGUGA